AUGGACAGAAGCUGGUUCCACAGGGAGAGACUCUCCUUCUAUAUUGUUCUCAGUCUUCUGCUUCCAGGAAGAGGCAGUACUUUCACCAUCAACUGCACAGGGUUUGGCCAGAACGGGAUGUACACCACCGCUCUGGAUUCAGUGUUUGAAAGAAAGGCCUUCCGUCCAGUCAUCAACUUCAGCAUCCCCACCAUAGUCAACAUCUCCUUCACUGUGUCUGCCAUCCUAAAUGUUGAUGAACAGUUACAGCUCUUGUCAUCAUUUCUGUGGCUGGAAAUGAUCUGGGACAACCCAUUUAUCAGUUGGAACCCAGAGGAGUGUGACGGCAUCUCGAAGAUCAGUGUGGCAACCAAGAACCUGUGGCUCCCAGACAUUUUCAUCACGGAAUUCAUGGAUGUGGAUAAGACCCCAAAAGGCCUCAAGGCAUUCAUAAGUAAUGAAGGUCGCAUCAGGUAUAAGAAACCCAUGAAGGUGGUAAGCAUCUGUAACCUGAACAUCUUCUACUUCCCCUUUGACCAGCAGAACUGCACCCUCACCUUCAGCUCAUUUCUCUACACAGUGGAGUACAUAUCGCUGGGCAUGGAGAAAGAAGUGUGGGAAAUAGCAGACACAUCCCAGAACAUCAUUCAGACCCAUGGAGAAUGGGAGCUCCUGGCCAUCAACAAGGCCACCCCAAAGAAGUCUGUGGGCACCAACCUGUAUGAUCAGAUCAUCUUCUAUGUGGCCAUCAGGCGCAGACCCAAACUCUACAUUAUGAAUCUCCUGGUGCCGAGUAGCUUUCUGGUCACCAUUGACGCCCUCAGCUUCUAUCUGCCAGCAGGAAGCGAGAGCCGUGCCCCAUUCAAGAUAACUCUUCUGCUGGGCUACAACGUCUUCCUGCUCAUGAUGAAUGACUUACUCCCUGCCAGUGGCACCCCCCUCAUCAGUGUCUAUUUUGCCCUGUGUCUGUCCCUGAUGGUGCUCAGCCUGCUGGAGACCAUCUUCAUCUCCUACCUGCUGCACCUGGCCACCACCCAGCCCCCACCCAUGCCUCGCUGGCUCCAUUUCCUGCUUCUACACUGCACCAGCCCAAGGACAUGCUGCCCCGCUGUGCCUCAGAAGGGAAACACGGGCCUUGCCCACCUGCCUGGUGUGAAGGAGCCCAUGGAGUUGGUGCAGAAGUUGCCAGGUCCCAGAGAGACAGAGCUAAAUGGGUGCCCUGGGUCCACGAGGGCCCAGCAGGAAGACAAGGCUCAAAAGCAGCACUUGGUCAGCCUGUGGGUGCAGUUCAGCCACGUGAUGGACACCUUGCUCUUCUGCCUCUACCUGCUCUUCUUGGCCACUUCCAUUGUCACAGUCAUCAUCCUCUGGAACACCUAA